AUGGCUCACAACCUACGGCACACGGCCUCACCCGAGCCAGUCCAGCGCACAGUCAUCUCGCAUCGCGAAGUGACCGAGUACGACUCAGACGAUGAUGAUAUCCCUACAACGAACGGCACAUCAGGCAUUCCUCCAGUCAUUUCACCACCAGUGAUUGCAUCCAAGACAGCUCUAAUGGAGGCCGCUGUGGACGAGGAAGACGACGAAGAGGAUGCCGGCGCUGCAGCUCUUGCCGCAGCCGCCACGGCCGCUAUCGCUGAUGUCACCGAGGAUCUGAUCGAGGGCGCGGUUGAUAUCGAUGUCGACAUCAACGUCGCAACCAUUCCCGAAACACAACAAACCUCAGUCACCAAAGGCAGACGUAGUAAAUCUGCAUCAGCUCAGCCAGCGCCUACAAAAGCUGCACCCAAGCCAGCGCCUACAAAAGCUGCACCCAAGCCAGCCAAGAGCAAGCCCGCACCCAGAUCCACCUCAAAGAAACCUGCUACGCCCGCAGCUGAUCAAGUCGAGUUCGCCGGCGAGAUUGGCCCAGACACACGACACGAAGUAGGCAACGAGACCGAAUGGGAGAUCGACCGCAUUGCUGGAGCAGAGAAUGAUGGCAAGACACUACUCGUCAAGUGGAAAGGAUGGGACGGCUAUUGGGAGGAAGAUCGCGACGACCUCGCCGCAAGCGUUCCCGACAUGGUAGCUGCGUUCGAAGCGAAGAACAAGAAAGCCAAGGGCGGUCGAGCUGGCAAGAAAGCUGCGCCUGCGAAGAAGGCUGCCUCGGGAUCUGGCGUACAGAAGAAGAGGGGACCAGUUGCAGGCACUAAGGCGAAGAAGGGACCUUUGGCUGCAAAGACGAAGGGAGUCAAGGUCGCGAAGAGAACGAGUGCUCCUGCUGCUGCGAAGAAGAGUCCAAUCAAGAAAGCCGCGCCGAAGAAGCGAGGUCCUGCUCCUAAGACGAAGGCAGCCACACCAGAGCCAGCUCCUGCUGCUAGUCCGAAGAAGAGCGCUGCUAAGAGUCCCGCAAAGAGUCCCGCAAAGAAGAGCCCAGCCAAGAAGCCCGCGCCAAUGAUCAAGAAGAGGGGUCCUGCUUCGAAGGCUGCGCCCGCUCCGAAGGGAAGGAAGGCCAAGCCAGGACUGACUUAG